UUUCUUUUACCCCUAUUAUUAAAAUACAUUUGUGUACAUCGUAAGAUGAGACACGACUAUUAUUCAAGUUAUUUACUUCGUUAUUGUUGCACCUUCAAUCAAUAUUAUUUUAAUGCAAAGCGAAUGUUUAUUUUCAACGAAACUGGGACUCCGCAUCGCGGUAACAAGAACAUUUCUCUUCACGAUUUGUUUCUCAAUACGAAAUACAUUUUAUGAUUGCGACUAAUGUCUACCGCUAUACGUGCACAUAUGGGCGCCCUUAUGAGAUUACAUUCUGCUUAUUACGUGUGAGAUGGCAUAUAUAAACGGAGUUAAGUAUAUAUAUGAUGUGCUGCUCGUCAGUUCUAACCGGUAUACUCUAUAUUGCAAGAGUAAGUUACGUAGAUUCCUUACCACAAUAUUCUGUCUAAUGAUGGCAAAAGCGACAAGAUUUAUGUGGCUGUUAUUUGCGGCGGCUGCAAUAGCGCAAGCAAAACCGUUAAAUUCAUCGAUCGACGAAUCUGUCAAUGAAAUCGACCAUGAUAACGCGAAUCUGCAAAAGAAUAUUCUAUUCGAAUCGAAGAAACAGCAACGGAAUUCUGCUUUGCCGACCAACGAGGCUUCAAGAAAGAUAACCACACAAACUGAAGCUACAAACUCGGCAGUUGAUACCACGUUCGACACAACCGCACAGUCCUUCGAGGACAAAAUCUCGACAAAACCAAGUCCGUUCUCCUGGUUACUGGCACCAUUGACGCAGAAAUUCCAAUUCUCGCCACAGUCGUUCCUGCAGGAUCGCUUGGUGCUGCUGAAAGAGGCGCUAAACAAUCUGGGCCUCAAUAUUGUACAAAACGAGACGGCGAAACAGCUAAAUGGACCCGGCAGCCACUUAGUGCACUUCUUGAGUCCGGGUGACUCUGGUUUCUACACGAAUCGGCUGGAACCGGCCGGUUUUCUAGGCGGUAACGGUUGGUUCGCCAAUAAAGGCGGCAUUCUCGGCGGUCCGGGGGCCAUAGUCUCCACCGGCAGCCUACUCACGGAUUAUCCCAGUGCUUACAGAAGGAAAUAAGAUGACCUGUCGUUCAAAUGUGUGUAAAUAAUCGAAAAGCAAAAGCUGCUUCUUCGCAUGUAGCAUAAUUUUAGAUUGAGCAAUAUGUUGAAAAUUGUAGAUUUGUUAAGUAAGUCGUUUAUCGAGUGUCGCAGAUUCACCAUUCUUUCCUCUAAACGAGACAUUAAAAAGUAAAAAGCGGUUCAUUCCUUUUGUAGAUUCUACCAGUAAAAGAUUAUUAGUGAAAAGCUUUGGCAAGUUAAGCCUGAGAAAUGCAAACAGAUGAUAUUAAGUAAGUCAUUACAAAUGCAAUAUCACAUUACAUAUUUAUAAUACAUUCUUAUUUUUUAUGUGCAUCCAAUAAUGUAAAUAAAGCAGAUUUGAAUUAAACCAAACGUAAAGCA